UGUUUAAACAAGUAGUGGAUGGAUUGGUGCUGAUGGGUUUGGUAGUAUACAUGAGAUCAUAAUGUUAGAGCUCCUUGCCAGUUGCCACAAUGCCACUAAUGAUUGUUUAUGAAAACUAAUCUAGUUUCAACUACCAAUUAGUGUAAUAAUUUACUUUUCAUAAUACAGGUUGUCUGAUUUAGAAUUUGCUGCAUGGCUUUACCUAUCAAUUGUGAUAGCUUUGUUCUCUUCUCAUUUGCGAACUUUGUAUAUUGUUGAUGACGAUUAUGAUGAUGAUGAUGACUGAAAAUAAAAUAAAGACAUCUGUCAACUGCAUCUGUUCUGGGUUAUUGAUUUGAGUAUUAUGAUUUUUCAGGCUAUGGAUCACCAUCAUUGAUGAUAGGCCAAUGGUGAUUGGUAUACAAUUUGGGUCGCCUCCUUGUUCGGUGAUGAAAUAACUCGCGUGCACUCUUGUAGACUUUUUGUGGCAUUGCAGGAGUAGCUCAAGUAGGAAAAAACCUUGUUAGUUUUGCCGAGUUGGAUUGUGCCUACUGGUGGUCGGGUUCCUCUCUUGGAUCCUUCGAAGUUGCAGUCCUUUUUGAACAAGAAAAAAGAGAAAGGUGUUGGCGGUUCAUUUGAUCGAAGGGAUGGCGGUGAGCAGGCUUUUUCUUCUGCUGCUCGUCUGGCGUCGUCAUUCAAGAGAAAAAGGGAUGACACGUCUUUGGAGAUCAUCUCGGAAGGUGACCAGGAGGUGGUUGGAGGUGGCGGGCUUGCUUUUGAUCGACAGAAAAAACUUCAUGGCUUCGUUGCAGGAUGUAGCUCUCAGUCUCUUUGGAGUGAGCAGUUUAAUUUUGCCAAGCUUUAUGAUAGGGCAUCUCAAUAUCCUGGAGACAUGCUUAUGACCCGCCGGAUUGGUAUGGAGGCACUCGGCAAAUUCGUUCAGAUUGUUGCUUCUCACUUGAUGUGUGUUGGUCGCACCACCGAGCUUAUUGGUGCCGAGCAGCAGGGAGCGGUGGAUAAAAUUGCUGAUUUAGAGAAAUCGUAUAAGGCGAGGAUUGCCGAAUUGGAGAAGUUAGCAAAAGAGAAGGAUGAUGCUGCUAUUAGUGCUGUUGCUAGGGCGAAGGAGUUUGAGGAAGAGGUAGCUCGCUUGAGGGACCAGAUUCGGCUAUUGCAGGCUGAGGUGAAGGAAAACGAUGUGGCUAAAGGUCGGCUUACAUCUCGUGUUCAUGAGUUGGAAGAAAAUGGGAUGGAGAUGUUCUCCUAUGGCUUUGAACGUGUUGUGAGCCAAAUUGCUCUGCUGGCUCCAGAGUUUGAUAGGGAUCGGCUUGAUAUGACGAAGAUAGUGGUUGGCGGGAAAUUAGUUGUAGAUGGGGGCUGUAGAGGAGCAUGGCAAGAAUGCCCCUCUUUCUUAGUUUAA